UAAAUCUGUAAAGAAAAAAGAAUUUUGAAAAAAAAAAAAAGGGAAGAGACCAAAUUCUCCAGAUUUCAUCUUCUUCAAGUCCUCAACCCCUCUCACCUUCUGGGGCCCGAUUUGGUGCAGAUAACUGUAUUAAUCCAUGCAUUUUCCUCUUUGAGAUUUACUGUUAAUGAACAGAUUCCUCUGAUAGGUGGAAAGCUCUCUAGAGAUUCGCUCUGUAAUUAAUUGCAUUGAAGUGGGGCUUAUCGGGUGUGCGUAGCCAGAUGAACGGGGUUGGUGGCUCUCGCUUCCCCAUUGUGUUCAUUGUCUUAUGUUCAUGCGUUGCUCCUUUGAUUUUAUUUGCUGGCCGCGGCCUCUAUACCUCUGUUGAACUUGAUCAACAUCAAUUUUCAACCUUUUCAGGCAAAGAGGUGUUUGAUGUAAUCAAAACCAGUGCAGAGGAUUUGGGGCAAGUCAUUCCUGAUUCCUUCAAAAAGAACAAUUUAUUGGCUUCAUGGAGAUUUGUUAGACAAGAAGUCUUGGCUAAGAAUAAUUCCACCUAUUUGGAGGUUGGGAUGAUGUCAAAUAAAAUAGCUAGCCAUCUCAAACAAAAUACCUCAAGAGGGAAGCAGGAUGUCUCUUUAGAUGAUGAACAUUCUCAGUUGCUGGAUUCACCUGCUAAACUAGCCAGGAGGCAAUUGAGGCAGAAAAGACGUGAAAAACAUGUUGCUGGUUUCGUGAAACGAGAUGAUGAAGUGACUGUAAAGCUUGAAAAUGCAGCCAUGGAACGUUCUAAGUCAGUUGACUCUUCUGUUCUGGGGAAGUACAGUAUAUGGAGGAAGGAAAUUGAGAAUGAGAAUUCUGAUUCAACAGUACGCUUAAUGAGAGAUCAAAUGAUUAUGGCAAGGGUAUACAUUAGUAUUGCAACAUCUAAGAAGAAGCUCGACUUAGCAAAUGAGUUAGAACUACGAUUUAAAGAAAUUCAGCAUGCCUUGGGGGAUGUAAGUGCUGAUUCUGAUCUACCCCACAGUGCACAUGAAAAAAUAAAAGCUCUGGACCAAGUGCUAUCAAAAGCACGUGAACAACUAUAUGACUGCAAACUGGUUACUGAGAAGCUGAGAGGCAUGUUGCAAACUGCAGAUGAGCAAGUCAGGAGUUUGAAGAGGCAAAGCACAUUUUUGAGCCAAUUAGCUGCCAAGAUGCUUCCAAAUGGGAUCCACUGCCUAUCCAUGCGCUUAACUAUUGAUUAUUACCACCUCCCUCUUGAAAAAAGGAAAUUUCCUAAAAGCGAGAAUCUUGAAAACCCAGACCUUUACCAUUAUGCCCUCUUUUCUGACAAUGUUUUGGCUGCUUCUGUCGUUGUCCAUUCAGCUGUCAUGAAUGCUAAGGAACCUGAGAAACAUGUGUUUCAUCUUGUCACUGAUAAAUUAAACUUCGGAGCUAUGAACAUGUGGUUCUUGUUAAACCCACCUGGAAAUGCUACCAUCCAUGUUGAAAAUGUUGAUGAGUUUAAGUGGCUGAACUCUUCUUAUUGUGUUGUUCUCCGACAACUUGAGUCUGCAGCAAUGAAGGAAUAUUAUUUCAAGGCUGCUCAUUCAACCACCCUUUCUGCUGGUUCUUCUAAUUUAAAGUACAGGAACCCAAAAUACCUUUCCAUGCUUAAUCACCUCCGAUUUUAUCUCCCUGAGGUUUAUCCAAAGUUGGAUAAAAUCCUUUUUCUUGAUGAUGACAUUGUUGUUCAGAAAGACUUGACCCCAUUGUGGUCCAUCGAUCUUCAUGGAAAAGUGAAUGGUGCAGUUGAAACCUGUGGUGAGAGCUUUCACCGUUUUAACAAGUAUUUGAAUUUCACAAAUCCCCACAUUGCCAGAAACUUUGAUCCAAAUGCUUGUGGAUGGGCAUAUGGGAUGAACAUGUUCGAUCUUAAGGAAUGGAAGAAGAGAGACAUAACUGGCAUUUACCACAAAUGGCAGAACAUGAAUGAGGAGAGGGCUCUGUGGAAGCUAGGGACUUUGCCUCCUGGGCUGAUCACAUUUUAUGGGCUUACACAUCCUCUUGACAAAUCAUGGCAUGUCCUAGGUCUGGGAUAUAGCCCCAGCAUUGAUCGGAAAGAGAUUGAAAAUGCUGCUGUUAUUCACUAUAACGGGAAUAUGAAACCAUGGCUAGAGUUGGCAAUGACAAAGUACAAGUUAUACUGGUCCAAGUAUGUAAAAUUUGAUCAUCCCUACUUUCGUGCGUGUAAGCUAAGUGAAUGAAAAGCAUGAUGCAAUCAGGUUGCUUCUUUCACUACUUGGAUCAUCUUAUAUGGUAGGUAGGCUGUACACUUCUUUCUCACCCAUGUUGCCGAUUUCUUUCUCUCAUUGUUUAUUCUUGCCAUUCUAUUAUUUCAUUCGUUAUAUAUACACUUAUACCUACCCAUUCAAGAUCUGUACUGUUAUGCCUGGCUACCUGCAAAUGCUUGUGGACCUAAAAUAAAAAUGAACAGCUAACAUGUGUUGUAGAAUUUACUCCCUGUGGGCAUUGAACAUAAAUGUUCCACCCCUUCUUUGUA